UGACUGACUUACAUAAACAUUAAUUAACAUGAACUGUAAAAAGGGACUGCAUUUUUUUUUAAUUGGCCUUUCAAGAUUUACUGACACAAAAAACAUACCUGUCUAUAAUUUCAGUAAAAGCACAUAUUAAUAUUUUCCCUACAUUACAUGGUAGAGAUCACCUGUGGAUCAUCGGUGAGGAAAGAUGAUUACGUGACUUUGAAGAUGGCAUGGUUGUUGGUCUGUCUAUUUCAGAAACUGCUGAUCUACUGGGAUUUUCCCACACAACCAUCUCUAGGGUUUCCAGAGAAUGGUCCAAAAAAGAAAAAUUAUGAAUGGCCAAACUGCUUUCAGGUGAUAGGAGCUCAAAUAACCAUCCAUUAUAGUCAAGAUAUGCACAAAAAUACACAGUGCAUUGAAUCCCGAAACAGAUGGGCUGGAGCAGCAGAAGAAGACCACACCAGCUGCUGUCAACUAAGACCUGGAAACUGAAGCUCCAGUUUGCUUAUGUAAUACUAUGCAUGAGUAUCAAUUUCUGCUGAAACCUGGAGAUGGGAGCGUGAGAAUUUGACCUAAAUAACAUGAAAGCGUGGGUCCAUCCUGCCUUGUUUCAGUGGCUUAGGCUGCUGCUGCUGGUGUAAUGGUGUUUAUUUUGUUGUCACACUUUGGGCUCCUUAAACACCACAGCCCACCUAAGAAUUGUCGACCGUGUCCAUCCCUUUAUGACCGCGGUGUCUCCAUCUUCUGAUGGCUACUUCCAGCAGAAUAACGCACCAUGUCACAAAGCUCAGAACUCACUGUCAUGGUUUUUUGACCUUGACAGUAAGUCCACUGUACUAUAAUGGCCUGCCAGUCCAAUCCUUCAAGGAUUAGUAUUUCUUCCCCCGUUGAUAUUCCUUGAUAUUUUUAUCCUAAUGAAAGCUCCAAGUAUAGAAGAUGUGUCUUUUUUUUUUUUUAGAUUAGUGAUUGUGGGCUGUAUAGUAAAUGUUCAAAUAGUAGAAGUCAAGUUACUGAGUACUGUGCACAUAUCUCUUACUAAUGGCCUUGAAACACUUUUGUUCCUUUACAACAAAGCUGCUUUACCACUAGACUAAUUACUUUGGUCCAGUGGUUCAAAGCAUACAGCGACGGCUCCUGUAAGGGGGUCACAAGUUUAAAUGUGACAGAUUAGAAAAUGAUUAAUGGGACAGAGAAGAAGUAGUUCUGUUCUCUUGUAAUUUUAUAGACUUUUCCCCGAGCCUUGUGCGGUUAAUUUAAAAUCUUAAAUCUUUUUAGCUAAAUCCAUCCAGCCAUCCAUUCAUCCAUUUAGCCGGCCUAUGGCAGUGCUUUUAAAUAAACAGUCCAAUAAAAUGCAUGUAUACAAAUUUACUUAAAUACAGCACUUAAUGAGUAGGUAUAGAGUUAAAUGCUUUGGCUGUUUUUUGCUGAACACCUUUAGUCUGCUCAACAGGAGCUUUUCUUGGUAGAGGCUUCCCUCUGGUCCAAACACAGGGCACUUUCCUCCCUCUGUGGCAUUCUUGGCUGCUGGAGCAGAGAGAGAGGGUAACCUCAAAUUAUUGCUGAAACCCCGUAAAGUGUGAGCCCAGACGGAAUCUGUGCAAGCACCAAAUCUGGACUCACUCUGAAGACAUGGGAGUCACUCAUGGGAAGAAGAGAGAUCUUCAGCAUUUUCCAGGUAGAGAUGAGACACAGUUUCAUAUGUAUGCCUCCAUGAUGCAGACUCAUCAAACCGAACUCGAAGGCCGAUUUUCAGAGCUUCAGGCUUUUCCAUCCCAACUGCAGAGUAAGGAGGAGAGCCGUAAUCUAAUCAGACCCCUAAAAGCUACUAGUGCGAUAACUGCCCUGGAGAGCCACCGGGAGCUGCAUAAGGAACUGCGGAUGACCCACAAGAGGAAGAGAGUGUCUCAAGAAGGAAAGACUGAACUCCAGCGAGUACUGGAAAAAAGGAAAUGGGAACAAAGAUUGAAAGCGAGCAGGGAUCAAGAGGAGGCAAAGAAGAAGACAUCAGAGCUACACCAAGAGCUGCUGAAAAGACAACAGAGGCUUGAAAAUCUGGAAAAAGAUCAAAAAGUUAAACAAGAAGAACCAGAGUUCAUCCAAGUCAAAGAGAGACUGAGGAAGACUGCAGUGCCCUGUGCAAGGGCAAAAGAAGUGUGACCGUUUUAUAACUACGUGUGUGUUUUGUAUUCACAGUCGGUGCAAUUGACUGUUGGGAAUAACUGACCUGGUGAAGGAUUCUUCUGCUAUAAAUAGAAUAGAUAGAUAAUACAGCUCAAUGCUCAUGAUCGAGGCGACACCUUCUGGUCAAGUGGAGACACGUCAUCACUGUGAAUAGUGUAUUUUGUGUUUCUUUUGUUUUUCUUCUCAAUACUUUGGUUAAAUGUGACUUAGAGCAAAAUGUUCAGUAGAAAAAGAAAACUAUAAAAAAUUGUAUUGUAUACAGACAUUGUUGAUUCUUUUUUCUCCAGUGGCACAAUUUAUUAGGUGUUUAUUUUGUCCAUUUAAUCCAUAAUAAAACAUUUUUUACAUGC